AUGAUCUUCGUCUCGUUUUCUCUUUAUUUCAUCAUUCGACAAACGAGUGCUACAAUAUUUGAAGAAACGCCGCUAGAAGAAUUGGACCGGUUAAUCGAGAAACAACUCGCCGAUGAAAGCGCCGAUAACUCUGAGUUUCAAUUCUCUCGAUAUCGACGAACCACGAAAUUUCGAAUUUGCGGUCGAAAUCUUCUUGAUACAUUGAAUAAAGUUUGCAACGGUUGCACUCGUCCAAUUCCGACGAACAAAAUCGACAGCGACACGGACUUUGAUUUGAGAAAAAAACGAGACGUUCAUGAGCAUCAUCAUGAGCACUCACGACGAACAAAACGAGCCGGUCUCGCCGAGCAAUGCUGUGCGAAGCAAUGCACAAUGGAGACUAUCAAGGCGCAUUGUGCUCCAUGC